AUGACAACUUGGCGGAUGUAUUUACCUGAUUCUACAGAUAUUGAGGAUUGCGUUCCGAAUCCUUGUGCUAAUGGAGGGACGUGUACGGAUGGAGUAAAUACUUUCUUCUGCGAUUGUGAUGCUGGCUAUACAGGGGAGCUCUGUGAUGGCGACGUAGAUGAAUGCCACUCGGAUCCAUGUGCUGGCAAUAGCGAAUGUCAUCAUGGGAUAGAUUUCUACUUUUGUAUCUGUUUAGAUGGAUGGACCGGCGACGACUGUGAUGAAAAUAUCGAUGAUUGUUUACCAGAUUCUUGUGAUAAUGGGGGCACGUGUAAAGAUGGGGUAAAUACGGUUAUAUGCCUCUGUCCUAGAGGUUAUACGGGUCAGCACUGCCAAACAGACAUUAAUGACUGUUUACCCAAUCCUUGUCUGAAUGGUGGUUCUUGUGAUGAUGGGCUAGACUCGUUUACUUGCAACUGCCCAGAAGGUAUUACAGGUUUCAUCUGCGAGACAAAUAUCAACGAUUGUAUACCAGAUCCUUGCAUGAAUGGAGGGACGUGUAAGGAUGAAAUAAAUGCAUAUACCUGCGAAUGUCCUCCUGGAAUUAUUGGUCUACGCUGUGAGGAAGAGAUCAAUGAAUGUGAAUCUUAUCCUUGCUUAAAUGAAGCCUCCUGCACGGAUGGAAACAACGCUUUCUCGUGUACUUGUUUGGUGGGGUUUACUGGCCAACGGUGUCAAACAGAUAUCAAUGAGUGUGCGUCUGAUCCUUGUCUUAACGGAGGUACUUGUAACGAUGGGAUAGAUGCAUUCACCUGUAACUGCUCAGCCGGUUUCCUAGGUCAGCGUUGUGCAGAAGACUUCUGUACGUCGAAUCCCUGUACCAAUGGUGUUUGCCUAGAUGGGGCCAAUAUGUAUCAUUGCACCUGUCAACCUGGAUGGAUCGGUGUAAACUGUGACAUAAAUUUUGACGAGUGUUCUUCACAUCCAUGUCUGAACGAAGCUUCGUGUAUCGAUAAAAUAAACGGAUUUACUUGCAUAUGCGCAUAUGGCUUCACAGGGGAUCGCUGUCAGGAAGAUAUCGACGAGUGCAUAUCGGACCCAUGUAUCAAUGGACAAUGUUUCGAUGGAAGAAAUCUUUUUUAUUGCAUCUGCAUUCCUGGCUGGACAGGUGUCAAUUGUGAAAUCGAUAUUAACGAGUGCUAUUCAAAUCCUUGUGACAAUGGAGCUACUUGCAUGGAUGAAAUCGGUAGGUUUACCUGUUACUGCCCUGACGGUGUCAUAGGACAACUCUGUGAAAACGAGGACCCUUGCAAUCCGAGUCCCUGCAUGAAUAACUGCUCGUGCAGCGUGGCAGAUGACAACAUGAUGGCAGUAUGUACGACCGACUCGCAGUAUAUCGCUGGGGAGUUUUGUGAAAUAGUUCACGAAUGUAUUCUGAACGACAUUUGUGAGAAUGGUGGUACAUGUGUUCCUUUGAAUGAUUCGAGAAAGUGCAUCUGUCCAAUAUAUUUUACCGGAGAUCGCUGUGAAAGUAAGUCGUGAAAGUAAGUCCUUUUU